AAAAAACGCCUUAAUUUGAAAAAGAUAAAUUCACCAGUAUGAAGCGGGAGGAUGAACUGAUGAUUAAAAAAUUACAAGACGAAUUGGCUGUUUCGGAACAGAAGGUUAAACAACUACAAGAACAAGAAAAACGCAUUUAUUUUGAAAAAGAGAAAAGCAAAAGUAUGAAGCGGGAGGAUGAUCAGUUAAUAAAACAACUACAAAACGAAUUGGCGGUGUCUGAACAGAAGGUUAAACAACUACAAGAACAAGAAACACGCAUUGUUUUGAAAAAAGAGAAAUGCGAAAGUUUGAAGCGGGAGGAUGAACAGCUUAUUAAAAAAAUUCAAGCAGAAUUGGCGGUGUCUGAAGAGAAGAUUCAACAACUUCAAGAAAAAGGAAAACGACUUAAUUUUGAAAAAGAUAAAUGUGAAAGUACAAAGCGGGGGUAUGAACAGUUGAUUAAAAAUCAACAAGAAGAAUUGGCGGUUUCUGCACAGAAGAUUAAACAACUUCAAGAACAAGAAAAACGGAUUAAUUCUGAAAAAGAAAAGUGCGAAAGUACGAAUCGAAAGUAUGUACAGUUGAAUAAAAAACUACGAGAAGAAUUGGCGGUUUCUGAACAGAAAAUUAAGGAACUACAAGCAGAAUUGGCAGAUUCUGAACAGAUGAUCACACAACUGCAAGAACAAGAAAAACGCACAAGUUUUGACAAAGAGAAAUUCGAAAGUAUGACGCGUGAGGGGGAACAAUUGAUUAAAACACUUCAAGAACAAUUGGCGAUGUCUGAACAGAAGGUUAAACAACUACAAGAACAAGAAAAACGCAUUGUUUUGAAAAAAGAGAAAUGCGAAAGUUUGAAGCGGGAGGAUGAGCAGCUUAUUAAAAAAAAUCAAGCAGAAUUGGCGGUGUCUGAACAGAAGAUUCAACAACUUCAAGAAAAUGAAAAACGACUUAAUUUUGAAAAAGAUAAAUGUGAAAGUACAAAGCGGGGGUAUGAACAGUUGAUUAAAAAUCAACAAGAAGAAUUGGCGGUUUCUGCACAGAAGAUUCAACAACUUCAAGAAAAAGAAAAACGACUUAAUUUUGAAAAAGAUAAAUGUGAAAGUACAAAGCGGGGGUAUGAACAGUUGAUUAAAAAUCAACAAGAAGAAUUGGCGGUUUCUGCACAGCAGAUUAAACAACUUCAAGAACAAGAAACACGGAUUAAUUCUGAAAAAGAAAAGUGCGAAAGUACGAAUCGAAAGUAUGUACGGUUGAAUAAAAAACUACGAGAAGAAUUGGCGAUUUCUGAACAGAAAAUUAAGGAACUACAAGCAGAAUUGGCAGAUUCUGAACAGAUGAUCACACAACUGCAAGAACAAGAAAAACGCACAAGUUUUGACAAAGAGAAAUUCGAAAGUAUGACGCGUGAGGGGGAACAAUUGAUUAAAACACUUCAAGAACAAUUGGCGAUGUCUACACAGAAGUUACAAAAACUAGAUGAAGAAUUUGGAUGUUGGUUGUUUGUCUUGUUCUGUAUUUCUUUAAUUAUCAUUUUAAUAGUUUAUUAUUAUUUUUAAUUAACAGAGCCUUUGCGCCUUUAAAUAUGGGAAAACGCAUGCAGGAUCUUUCUGGGACAAGGCAAGUUCAGACCUUUUGUAAAACCUACUUAUGUGUGGGAACAAAGCUGACUUAUUAAAAAUAACCUUGCUUGUGUCUAAGGUGUUGAUAGGUUGUAUUCCAAAUUUGUGGAGACCUGGAAAACAUUUUCAUUAAAUAUGAAAACAAGUUGUACGGAAAUACACCCGUUGUCUUCGUCAUACAGGUCAUUGUAUGCACUUUUCAAACACAUUUUAGCUAAAUUUUCCACUUGAUAAAAAGUUAAGGCAUUCCAAAAUCUAGCCCCCUUAGAAAAUUAAGAAAGAAUCUAAUUGCAUGACAUUGUUUCAAAAUGGGGCAAUAGUAUAGGGAAAUACUGUUUAUUUGAAAGGAAAAUAUUGUUGAUUUGCAGUUUAUUGGCUCUGCAUGGGUUGUAUUAUAUGUUUUUGCAUACUAAAUAAUUGCAUAAUGAAACAAAUACUGUCACCAUAAUAAAUGCACAGCUGUUAAUUCAUAAAAACAUGCUAUGAUUUCUAUUUUUAGGAAAAAAUCCUGGAUAUUUACGAAACAAAAACACACUUAAAUUUUUCCUAGUAAAGAGAAAGGCAUUUGUUCGCCAGUAACAUCUUUAGUUAAGUGUCAACAUCAGACAUAAAUUCAUUCCUCCUUUAAAAUAUUUUAGAGCUGAAAUGUGAGACAGUGGUUUUGCAUCACAUUCUACAGAAAUAAAUAAGUGAUGUCAUUCCUACAAUGGCCAUUUAAAACAACAGCUUUUUUACAAUAUGGAAUUCCAGUUCCAAGCCAAAUAUUUGAUGAGUUCAGUGAGAGGAUAUUCAGGAGUCAUUUGUGAACCUCUUUUUGUGGUUCAUGUGAACAAACACAAUUCUCAUUAUUUUCCACCAUUAAUAUGCUUAAAUUAACAAAUUUAAUCGUGGAUAAAAAAUAUGGAAUUUUGGACAAUUUCAUCCAUGCUUUAAUGACUUAUAGACUUAGAAUGGCAUUUUUUAAGUGUUUGUAAUUAGAUGUAUUUGUAUGCAUGACUAUAACCAGUUAUGUUUGAGUUUUUCCCUUUUUACUACUAACAUCUUGUCAAACUUUUAGGAUUUAUUUUUUACAAUUUCACAUAUUCACAAAUCAUUCAAAAGAAACAUGACACCCACUUUGUCAUGUUUGAUAGUUUACUUUAAAAUUGUCCUACAUUUUUAAAUCGUUAUAUAAUUAUGAAUUUGUCUAGUGCACUUUAUUAUGUCAUCUCUUUUUGGAAUUAUUCUUUAUUUGUAUUGUAUUGCGUCUAUUGACACCAUAGUAGGCACAUUUGUAAUUCUUUGCAUUUAAAUGUUUGUGCCUUCAUUCUCAUUCAGGUAGAAUACAAAUUAUAUUCAAUACAUUUUGAGGGUGAUAGGGUUGGAGUUUAUGAUAAUGUAAAGCCAAUCAAACAAUUUGUCCCAAAAUACAUGUCCUGUAAAGCCCCCGCUGGGAUUUAAACCCAGACAUCUUUCCUCUUGCAUGGAAAGUGUUAUAUCUUGUAAUACAAGGCCAUGUUAGUGGAAAAUGAACUUGAACCUAGACCUCUUUUCUCUGGCAUGGAAAGUAUUCUAUCUUGGAAUACAAGGUCAGGCUAGUGGAAAAUAAACAAUUGUAAGACUAUAAACCUUCAAAAAUAUAAAAGUUCAUCGGACCAAUCAAAGCACACAUCUGUUAAUCAAAUAGAUUUCAGCUUAAGUUCCGUAUUUUAUUACUUUCCUUUAUUGAUGUAUUUUCAAGCAUUGUAUUUAUCCUGACAAAAAUUGCACUUCUUCAACACAUUUUACGUUAAAUACCGGUAGUAAAAUCUAACAAUAUA